AUGGGCAGGCGUAAGUCAAAACGGAAGGUUCAUUCGAAAAUAAGAGUUAUCACACCACUCGAAACGCAGUUCAAUUGUCCUUUUUGCAAUCAUGAAAAAGUGUGUGAGGUGAAGAUGUGCGUUUUUACGUUUCUGAUUUCCUGCUUUUCUAUAGCUUGUUCUCUAUUUUACAAUCAUUUGAAAAUUAAGAUUGACGUAAUAGUGGUUUUCAAUCCAAAAGUUGAGAUUCCUGUUGAAGUUAAUCUCGACUUUCAUAAAAACGAACGUGAUUCAUACGAAUACUCUUGUGAAGUUUAUUUAUUUUAUUUUAGGGAUCGUGAACAAAACGUUGGUUUUAUCGCUUGUCGAGUAUGUUUCGAGGAUUUUCAAACGGUCAUCAAUUACCUAUCUGAACCAAUUGACGUUUAUUCUGACUGGAUUGAUGCAUGUGAACAAGCGAAUCCAUAG